GACGACUAUUUACGACUGCUUAUGUGAACUUCAACUGAGGGAAGUUCAGAAACCACGUACUCUCAAUCUCGUCAUGAUGUUUAAAUUUGUUCCAGUUCUGAUGAUCCUACUAGGAGGAUUCUAUAUGGCUGCAGCCUCAGGGAUUCCGUACACUCAGUCUGUGUCAGUUGGGGGUAAUAAGAUGUGGUAUACGCUGAAAUUCCCAACUCAGUACGAGAUAAACAAGAUCUCAAUUAAAACGGAUGCGGCUAACGAACAAUAUCUCCAAGGAGUGGAGGUGUAUCUCGACAGUGGGUCGUACCCAGACUCCGGCAGACUGGUCAGUACACUCAGUGUAGUACCCGGACAGCUACAAUACGACAUCUCAACAAUCCUUAAUUCUAGUCCCCUCAUUGCACGGAGUGUCACUGUUUUGUCGUAUACGCCCCCCAACUUGAACUUGGAGGAUUUUGUUUUUCAUGGUGAAGAAGCUGAAAAGUGUGCGUGGGGUAGGGAGCACAUCUGUGACAGAGACUCGAGGUGCUCCUUUGGGUGUCACUUUGAACAUUCUAGCUAUAAAUACUGCUGGUCUCAGUGCGAUGGAGCGUGUCCCAGAAGAGAAAGUACAGGGUGUCACGGGUGUAAAGAGUGGUGUUGGUUGACUGGUGUCGGGGAGAAGUAUCAGAGUUGCAAUCAGAACAGCGAGUGUAUUGGUGUCAGGAUGAACCCCUGUUCCGGAGCUUGUUCUAUUUAACAGUGCGGAUUAUUAUGAAUACUGGUGUUUAUUUGUGGCUUUAAUCGCUGUUUUGUGUUCGUCAGUGUAUAAAUCAUUUUGAAAAUAAAUCAAUUUUGAAA